GGCGCCACUGCCAACCUACCGUCUAUCGUGAAUAAUCGCAAUUGCCCGUUGCCCACUGCCCGUUGCCCGCUGGCCAUUGCCCCAUCGUUCGUGUCGCCCCUCCCGUCCGUCCCUGGCCCUUAGUGUCUCCUCAUCUCUUCUUCUUCCAUCUUCUUCUCCGCCUCCCGUCCUCUCUCCUCCACCAUCUGACCUAACGCUCUCUCACUCACUGCAUACCACUAGAAUACCCCUAGCUCAUCCUUUAGCGUCUCCCGAUCCUCCCCGCCUUUGCGUGACCGACAAUUCCCACAAUCCAGUUUGUACCACUUCGGCAACCCCACGCUGUCCACAGCUACACAAAGUCAAGGCUCGCGCGCCUCAGUCCAUCUCCCCCCAACCGCUCUCACCCUCCUCGUCCGCAAUCCACACCCUGCGUAAAUGAGCUCGCAAUCUUCCAACGCCGUCCACCGAGCCUCCAUCAACGAACGCGACCCGCUGUCUGCCGCUCACAUCUACUAUGGAGACUCGCACAAGAAGACCAACAAGACUCGCACAUACUCCAACGUUGUUGAUUCGGCGGGACGGCGCGAAGCUGCCCUGGCCGCUGGGUUGAAGCAGCCCGGCCGGAGGUCCAGUCAUGAUGAGCACUCUUCGCAACCUCGCAAAUUCCUGAUCCCAGUCGACGAGACACUCAAGACUCUCCUGGCCAGAGAAGAUACCGAUCAGAACUACCAGAUUACUAUUGAAGACUCUGGGCCGAAGGUUCUUUCUGUAGGCACCGCAGGCUCCAAUGGCCUCAACCGUUUCGACGUCCGAGGCACCUACAUGCUGUCGAAUCUGCUCCAGGAACUCACCUUGGCACAAGACUAUGGACGGAAGAGCAUUGUGUUGGACGAGGCCCGCCUGAACGAGAACCCAGUCAAUCGUCUGUCUCGUUUGAUCAAGGAUUCUUUCUGGAACAAUCUCACGCGCCGAACCGACGCCUCCAACAUUGCUCGCAUCGCGCGAGACCCAAAGGACUGGACAGACAAUCCUCAUCCAAGAGUCUACAUUCCCAGAGGAGCCCCGGAACAAUAUGAGUAUUACCAGAAGCAUGCCGAAGCGCAUCCUGAGGAGAAACUGGAAGUCAUAUACCUAUCAUACGACUGUAACAACGAGGAGUAUGUGAGGGACCUAAACGACGCUCCGGGACUUCUUGCUCUCGACAUGGAGGAGUAUUUUAACCCAGAAACUGGAGAGAACGAUUGGCGCGGUAGGCCUUUCGUGGUGCCUGGUGGCAGGUUCAAUGAGCUCUACGGAUGGGAUAGUUACAUGGAGUCAAUGGGCUUGCUUGUCAACGACCGCGUCGACCUCGUCCAGUCGAUGGUCCAGAACUUCUGCUUCUGCAUCAAACACUACGGAAAGAUCCUCAACGGCAACCGCACAUACUACCUCUGCCGCUCGCAGCCACCCUUCUUGACCGAUAUGUCCUUGCGUGUCUACGAGCGCAUCAAGCACGAACCCGGUGCGCAGGAAUUCCUGAGAACUUCCAUCAUGGCAGCAAUCAAGGAGUACUACAGUGUCUGGAUGGCCGAGCCUCGGUAUGACAAGGAGAGCGGCUUGUCCAAAUACCGUCCAGGCGGUAUCGGUGUUCCGCCAGAAACCGAGGCCUCGCAUUUCGUCCACGUGCUUGAACCUUACUGCAAGAAGAACAAUAUGGGCUUCGCAGAAUUUGUCAAGGCCUACAACGAGAGGAAGGUGAGCGAGCCAGAACUCGAUGCGUACUUCACGCACGAUCGUGCUGUCAGAGAGUCUGGUCACGACACGUCCUACCGAUUGGAAGGUGUUGCGGCGGAUCUGGCUACCGUCGAUCUCAACUCGCUGCUCUACAAGUAUGAGACCGACAUUGCUCGGACGAUCCGCGGCUACUUUGGUGACCGUCUUACUAUCCCUGCCGAAUUCUGCGUUGCGGGCCAGGAGCCCAAUCACAUUGAGACGUCGGCCAUCUGGGAUCGCCGUGCGAAGCGCAGAAAGGCGCUCAUGGAGAAGCUCAUGUGGAACGAAGAAGAAGGUAUGUUCUUCGACUACAACACCGUCAAGAAGGAGCAGACCGGCUACGAGAGUGCCACGACUUUCUGGCCAAUGUGGGCUGGCGUGGCAACGCCUCGCCAGGCUGUUGCGCUCGUCAGCAAAGCAUUGCCUAAGUUCGAGGAGAUUGGUGGUCUUGUCUCAGGAACAGAGAAGUCGCGUGGCAAGGUUGGUCUCGAGAGGCCUAACCGACAAUGGGACUAUCCAUUCGGAUGGGCUCCGCAGCAGAUUCUUGCUUGGGUCGGUCUCCAGCGAUAUGGCUACGAAAAUGAGGCUCAGCGUCUCGCGUACAAGUGGUGCUACAUGGUCACCAAGGCUUUCGUCGACUUCAAUGGCGUCGUGGUCGAAAAGUACGACGUCACAAGGCCCAUUGACCCGCACAGGGUCGAGGCGGAAUAUGGCAACCAGGGCAGCGACUUCAAGGGUGUUCCUCGCGAGGGAUUUGGCUGGGUCAAUGCAAGCUACGUCUACGGAUUGCAGCUGCUAAAUGCACACAUGAGGCGCGCACUGGGAGCUUUGACGACGUACGACACGUUUGUGAAGGCGACGGAGGCCCUGGGCUUUUAGGAGCAGUGCAAGGACGACGGAAAAUCACUAUACAUGACGCUACGAUGACAAGACUGAAGUAGACGUGGCAUAUUCAAUUGUUCGAAGGGUAGUACGGCAGGGGGUUAGUUAGAUAGAUACAAUGAUGAAGUUUGCCACGCGGCUCAGGCCGAAGUGCUGGAAACCG